ACCAGGAACCGGGCAAAAUUUAGUCAGUAGCGUAUGGUUUGGUGAACAGUAUUAUAUGGAUAAAAAACGGUGGCUUUUUAAGCAAGUGUGUAGUGUUACAUUAAUAUUGCGAUAGAAUGCUGAGGCGAUGAAAGGGUAAGGGCAAUCGCAUCAGCAUGCACACAUUGGUGAUAACGAUGCAUGUUGGGCACGUCUCCUUUUGCUCAAGGGCAGUUGAACAGAAGUAGGUGAGAUUUAGUUGGGUUUACAUUGAGUUUAAGAGAUGAAAAUAUGAAGGUCUCCCCGUUUUCAAACUCCAUCAACCUGUCUCUAUCUCUCUUUUGUGGGUCUGCCCAACCUCUUCUACCUUCCAACACACCUUCUUCACUCUUUUAAAACUGCCAUUAUCCUACAUUCUCAGUUCCUCUUUCAAUAGCCCCCAAUGGAAGGCCAUGAAUUCUCAAUCCCAUCAACGCCACCUCUAUUGCCACCGCUUAACCCGAGUUCUCCCUAUCUAUUCACACCUUCACUCCCCUCUUCAUCACUGCAAACCCCUCUUGAACCUCAAAUAUUUUCGGACAUUGACUGGGCUACCCUCUUUUCCAGUCAAUCAGGGGUGGCAGAGACUGGUCCGAUGAUGGAAAAUAGCUGUGCUAUGGCUGAGAGUAAAGGUGAGGAAGAAAAGUGGUGCAAGGAGAGUAAGAGGAAAAUCAGCAGAAUGAAAAAAACCAGCCGGCCUAGGUUUGCGUUUCAGACUAGGAGUGUUGAUGACAUCCUUGAUGAUGGUUACAGGUGGAGAAAAUAUGGACAGAAAGCUGUAAAGAAUAGCACAUAUCCCAGGAGCUACUACCGCUGCACACAUCAUACAUGCAACGUCAAGAAACAGGUGCAAAGGCUAUCAAAAGACACGAGCAUCGUGGUUACAACUUACGAAGGAAUUCAUAACCAUCCCUGUGAGAAAUUAAUGGAAACCCUAACUCCUCUUCUCAAGCAAAUGCAAUUCCUUGCUAGGUUCUAAUUUAUCAUUAUCUCACUCAUUUUACUUGUAUGUGCGUUAAUAUUUCAAGAACAAAUCAAGCAAAAACCAUUUGUUCUUGACAGGUUAAUUAUAUAUGCUUAAUUACUUUCUUUCUUACCAUGUAAUGUAAUUUAGUGUGAACUUUUAUGUACAUGGACCAAUAUAUCAGACUAUAUAAUAUAAUAAAUAAACUUGUGUAAAUUCUCU